UCUCAACUCCACCCACCUCUCGACGAUUCCACCAAACCGUUUACUUGCACCGUCGCCGAACCAAACUCGAGAACGCGAUCUUGCUCUCCACCAUGUUCCUCCUAAAGGCAUGGAGAUCGACGGCUUUCGGUGCUUAUGGCUACCUCAACUUCACCAAGAACGGUUUCGUAGAGCAUUCGAAGAGGUUCAACCCUGAAGAUAUGCAGAUACAGAUUGAUGGGAAGAAUUGUGUGGUUACUGGUGCCAAUUCUGGUAUCGGUUACGCCACUGCGAAGGGCCUUGCUUCCCAAGGGGCAACAGUGUACAUGGUGUGUCGGAACAAGGAAAGGGGAGAAGAGGCACUUUCCAAGAUUCAGAGCUCAACAGGAAACAAGAAUCUGCAUCUUGAAGUAUGUGAUCUGUCAUCCGUUCAAGAAAUAAAGUCCUUUGCAUCAAGAUUCGCUUCCAAGGAUGUACCCGUUCAUGUUCUGGUUAACAAUGCCGGCUUGCUUGAGAACAAACGAAUCACCACACCCGAAGGAUACGAGCUGAACUUUGCGGUGAACGUAUUAGGAACAUACACAAUGACAGAGCUGAUGCUGCCAUUGUUGGAGAAAGCCGCACCAGACGCCAAAGUCAUAACAGUUUCCUCGGGGGGAAUGUACACUUCUCCUCUUACUACAGAUCUACAGUUUAGCGAGGAAAGAUUCAAUGGAGUCGAGCAAUACGCACGAAACAAACGGCUGCAGGUGGCCCUGACAGAGAAGUGGGCAGAGAAGUACAAGAAUAAAGGAAUAGGGUUCUACUCAAUGCACCCUGGAUGGGCCGAAACACCCGGAGUCGCAAAUAGUUUGCCCAGUUUCAAUCAAUCGUUUUCGGGAAAACUUCGAACGAGCGAGGAAGGAGCAGACACGAUCGUCUGGUUGGCACUGCAGCCGAAAGAAAAACUGGUGGAAGGUGCUUUUUACUUUGACAGAGCAGAAGCACCAAAGCACUUGAAGUUUGCAGGUACAAGCAAAUCUCAUAGCCUUAUCGACUCCAUCACCGGUACUCUGCAUUCCGUGGCGUCUCUCGAUUCUUCAAACCCGCCGCUAUCAUGAUCGUCUCAACAACGCUCUUUAAGAUUGAAUAAAUACGAUGCAGAACAUAGUUAGUGAUUGUUAUUCAUAAUGGAUUUGAGUAAAGUUUUCACAUUUUUGUAAAAAUUCUGAGUGUGUUGUACAUUGAACAUUACAAGACAAGGAUUUGGUUUGUACACUGAAA